AUCUCUAUGAUCGCCGGUAAAGCAAGAGUGACGCCGACGAAACCAGUCUCUAUCCCACGACUGGAGCUGCAAGCUGCGCUUAUUGGCAGCAGGCUGACGAACACGAUUGAAGAAGAGAUGGAACUCGAAGUGUCAAAGAAAACAUACUGGACCGACUCUAGUACAGUACUGCAGUGGAUCAAGGCGGAGCCAAGAAAGUUCAAGACGUUCGUAGCCAACCGACUUGCUGAAAUCGAAGACACGACAAAGCCAAGGGACUGGCGAUGGGUACCGACCAAAGAAAACCCAGCAGACGACGCCACAAGAGGGACGCCGGUUGAAUUCAGUCACCACUCAAGAUGGUUUCAAGGUCCGUCGUUUCUUCGUCAACCAGAAGAAGAAUGGCCUGUACAAGAAUUCAGAAUAAUGGGUAGCUUACCAGAAGAAAAGGGCGGGCAGCAGGUGAUGGCAGCAAAGGGUGAAGACGAGUCAUUCAUCGAUGUUAAGAGGUUCUCAAGCUGGGAGCGACUACUCCGUGUUACGGCCAGGGUGGUUGCUUUUGCAUGCCUCUUAUUGAAGAGGACCCGCAAGGCAGCCGCUACCGCCGUGCGCCGAGACGACGAGCCUUGGCGACCUCAAAGAAGAGCCCGGAAGAAGACUCAAGCCGCCGGUCCACCGCCUAGCAAGGAGGCACAGAGGAGAUUGUACAUACCCAUACAAGAUGACCAUCUGAAGAGGGCCGAAGCAUUACUUAUAAAAAUAAGUCAAAGUGAAAGCUUCGCGCCUGAAAUAAAAAGGCUAAAGGCAAGAACUCCCCUUGAAAGUGCAAGUAAAUUGAAGAAAAUAGACGUGUACAUCGAUGACGAAGGAAUCAUAAAGCUACGAAGUAGAACUAUGAAGUUUCGCGACGGAGGAGUAAGAAAAAUGAACCCUGUCAUCUUGGACGGAAGGCAGAGAAUCGCGCAACUUAUCAUAAGAAGCUAUCAUGAGAAGUUUCUACACGGUAACACAGCGACCGUGAUGAACGAGGUCCGACAGAAGUAUUGGAUUCUCGGUUUAAGGGCAACAUUGAAGGCAGUAGCACACAGCUGCCAAUGGUGCAAACUAAGGAAGAGUACACCCGCAAUACCGCCGGCGGGCGACCUGCCUAGCGAGCGGCUGCAACAUCAUCAGUUCCCGUUCGCUUGUACGGCAGUCGACUAUUUCGGGCCGAUGCAAGUAACGAUCGGCAGAAGAGUCGAGAAGCGUUGGGUAGCAUUGUUCACCUGCCUCACAACCAGGGCUGUUCACCUGGAGUUGGCGCCAUCUCUCAGUGCCAGCUCCAUGAUUAUGGUCCUGCGACGGAUGGCGGCAAGAAGAGGGACCCCAAGAACGUUGUUCAGCGACAACGGCAUGAACUUCGUCGGGGCGAACAAAGAAUUGGAGGCGGCCGCACUUGAAAAGGGAAUCAAGUGGAAGUUUAUUCCCCCGGGCAGCCCAAACAUGGGAGGCGCCUGGGAGAGGCUCGUGCGCACCGUGAAGACGGCGUUGGCGGUGGUGCUCAACGAAAGGAGCCCACCAGAAGAGUUGCUCCACACGCUGGUGACUGAGGUCGAACACAUCGUGAACUCUAGACCUCUCACCCCAGUCAGCAUGGACCCCAACGAUGCAGAAAGUUUGACCCCAAAUCACUUCCUGCUUGGGAGAUCGUGCGGAGCAAUGGCGCCGGGAGAGUUCGAGGACACCGAGCUGGUCGGCAAAGCAACCUGGAGAACAGCUCAAAGGCUCGCCGACCACUUUUGGAGACGGUGGCUGAAAGAGUACCUGCCGCUCCUCAUGCCGCGGAAAAUCGACGGGCGAAAAACCGUCGACCCCAGAGAAGGCGACGUCGUAUUGAUAGUCGACGCCGCGCUACCCCGCAACUCGUGGCCUCGAGGUGAAGUUAUCAAAGUAUACCCCGGGCCAGAUGGAAGAACGAGAGUACUGGACGUGCGGACAUCAGGAGGAGUGCUGCGCCGGCCAACCAGAAGGGUCGUCGUGCUCGUGCCUGCAGCAGCAUCGUCGCAUCCAGAGGACAGCGUGCUACGCACCGCGGGGGAGAAUGUUAGCGACGAUGACAACUACGUACACCUAAAUUAAGUAUGUUAUAGUUUUUGUUU